AUGGCGCCGACCGCGCCUCGGCGCCGGCGCCCGAGCGCGCGCGGGAAAAAAUCGCGCGCGCUCGACCGACGCGCCGAUCCGCUCGCGUACUACACCGCCAGGGUCGACCGAUGGUUCGACCGCCAUCCGAUCGCCGGCGCGGGCGUCACCGUCGUCACGCUCGCGGCGUUUCUCUACGUCGUCUACGCCGUGUCGCUCGCGACGGGGCUGUACCGGAGGUACAUCGCGAGACACACGGAACCACUGCUGAUGAAACACGUCGUCCCGGCGUGGACGACGUGGACGACGCGCGUCGAGCGCGCGAUGCGACGGUUGGCGGGCGACGCGUGA